AGACAGAGAGAGAGUGUUGUACGCAGUAUUGAGGAGAGAUCCGGAACUCUUUUACAGAGGCCACUACAUUUCGCCUAUCACCGUCCCUGUCGAUUUCCAAGCCGUCAUUGGAUGUAAAUCAUGGCUGAUGGUUCAGGUGAUGGUGCUCCUCUUGAGAAUAUGUCUGCCCUCCGCCACCAAGUGGAGGCGAUACGCGACAGCAGAGGACCGCAGCAGCAGCAGCAACAACCACAACAGCAGCAGCAUCCACAGCAACCGCAGAGAUCCCUGCCGUCUCCGUUACAAGCAGCAACCCAUCCAUUGCCAUCAUCCACAUCCUUGUCAGCAGCGUCGUCGUCAUCGUCAGCCUCGUCAUUGUCUUCGUCCUCAUCGUCGUCGUUAUCGUCGUCCUCAUCCCAUCAGCUGUCCCAACACCACCACCACCACCACCAGACCCCAGUGAACAACACCAACAACAUGAGAGCCAGCUGCAAUGUUGUCGCAGCCAACGCCUCCACCAAUCUGAAUAAUGCCAGUGCCAAACAGAACAACGUUGACCGAGAAGUUCAGUCCCAGGUGCAACUAUCUACCAGUAAUAUGGUUGGAGCAUGUGCCGGAGCUUCUUGCUUGCCCUCAGGAGUCAGCCAUUCCACAUACAACUACAUUGCCUCCAACAGCAGCAGCAAUGCAGGCCUGCAGUCGAAGGACAACCGUGCAGCUUUUGGUGGUAUGAAGAAAGGUUUCUUAGAAAACAUGACAAACAAUUCCAGGGAUGGCAGCAGCAAUGUUGGUAGUGGUGGUGGUGCCGGUGGCAGCAGUGGUGGUAUUGCCAGUAGUAAUAGCAGUAGUAAUAGUAGUAGUAAUAAUAGCGGGGCUACUGGCAGUGGUGGUGCUAGUGGUGGUUGCAACAACAAACGCAGCAACGAGACGAAGAACUUGAUCGAUUGUAACCAGAUAGGCAGUAAGAAAACUUAUAACAAGGACAUGCCAUUUAUCAAACCAAAGAACACUGAUGUUAGAAGUUCCAGUUUUGAAUUGCAUGAAGAACUUGAAAAUAUCCGGGAGAAGCAGACACUUCUCAAUUCCACAGAGUGGGUUACCGAUGCCUUGUUGACACGUCUUCAAAGCAAUCCAAAUUUAAUCGGUCGGCUCUCAGACCCUACUUUCAUCGAAGCCAUCACAGACUUCCAAAAGAACCCCCAGUCUGCUAUGGCCAAAUACCAGGGAGACAAAGAUCUUCAAGCAUCUAUGCAAGAAUUCUGUAGUAUAUUAGGUGACCAUCUCUUGAAGUUGGACAAGAAAGACGGCACUCACAAGCCGUGUAAUUUGGCAGCAGCCACGCCCCUUCAGGAUGUGGCUGCUCCCUCCUCCUCUUCCUCCACCUCCAGUGGCGAGGCUGCCUCUUCCUCUGCUUCUCUCAACCACUUGUCUUCUGCUUACAUGGACAACGAGCAUAGAAUGCAGGACCUGCUUACUGAUCCUGAAAUCCGGGAAGCCCUCGUCGACAAGAAGGUCCAAGAAGUGAUUGCAAUGCAAAGUCAAAAUCCUGAAAGAGCCCAAAGUAUGUUACACCAAGGGGAUGCUGAACUGCGGAAGAAAGUAAGGAAGCUUGUUGAUGCUGGACUGUUAACUUUCAACUCUUGAGCGGCUCUUUUGGAGAUGCCACCAAAUUUCCACCACCCCAACAAGUCAACCACAUUUAGACCAUUCGGUCUAGUCUACACACUAGAAUAGAAUCUCAUUGGAAGCCAUUUUUUUUUUCCUUUUUCUUUUCCUUUUUCUUUUUUCUUUUUUUUUUUUUUCUUAUUUACUUAAAACAUAUCUUUAUACCUUCCCCCCCCCCUCCGCUAACCCACCCAACCCCUGCAGUGAGUGAUCUAUAGUUUCUGAGAACAUUUAGUACAGCUAUGCACACCCGACACACACACACAUGAGCAUUAUUAUACUUAUACGUGUGUGUUUUUUUAACCAUUAGUCAGGGGUGGGGUGGCACGGAGCCCAUAGUUUUUUUGCAAAUGAAGUUAUUGUGAUUUGAUGUUCAGUUUAGAUGAUGUAGGUUUGUGGUUGAGGGUGGAUUGGUGGGCAGUGGGGGUUAGGGUUUCACAUGGUAUCAGUUAAGUGGCAGAAGAAUUGUACAAAAAACAUAUAAAUGAAACAGAAAGAAAAAAAACUUUUUUUUUAUUCAUUGAUCUGGGUGAAGGGGGAAGAAACAACCUGUUUUGGUUCCUUUUGACUAAUCAGUAAAGAAUAAUUAAUUGCAAUUAAUGUGGUUACUGUUGACGAGGACGAAAGUUCCAGGUGGAGGCAAGUUUAGGGAAGGAAGGAUUGUAUAAUGUAUUUAGUUAAAAAGUGUAAAUGCUGAGACACAAUGUAUGAGAAGAUGAGAAAAGUUUGUCGAAUCAGGGGAGCAGACCCUGAAAAACACAGAGAAGACAGCUUGAAACUGUGGAUCAACAACCUAUUUCUCUCUCUCCUCAUCCAUCCUUCAUUUGACAAGAAGUUCUGCAAACCCUCCUUCAGACCUACAUCAUCACUGAUGUCCUUUAGCUUAAAAAAAAAAAUUAUCUGAAGUUAAGCAGCUUAAAUGAUGGAACCACAGCAGAAAAAAAAAUGAAAAGCAAAACAAAA